AGUAUGUGUUUGUUCUGUUCGCGUAUAAUAACUCGCAGAAGUUCAAUUGAAUUUAGAAACUUCGGGAAAAAUUUAUUUAACGAUUUUUAAUUAAUAAUGAUUAUUUUUAAAAUUAUAUUUUUUAUGAAUUUUAUCUAUUUAACUUUAGAAUUGCUUAUGCUAAUUGAAAACGUUAAGACAAGUAAACAUAAUAAAGAAAAUGAUAGCCUCCGACUAGUGACAGUGAUAAUGAGACAUGGAGAGAGAGCACCUCAGGAUACUUAUCCAAAUGAUCCUUAUCUCAAUAAUUCUAUGGAACCUUAUGGUUGGGGACAAUUAACAAAUGAAGGAAGAAGAAAUCAAUACAAUCAAGGUCUUUUUCUACGAAAAAAAUAUAAUAAUUUUUUGGGUCUAACAUAUAGUCCUGAUAUAUUUUAUUUGCAAUCUACAGCAGUUGAUCGUACAAAAAUGUCUGCUAUGUUAGAAGCAGCAGCUUUAUGGAAACCAACUGAAAAACAAUCUUUUAAACGUGAUUUAGCUUGGCAACCAGUUACUUUAUUUUAUCAACCACGUUCGGAAGAUACAUUAAUGCUGAUAUGGGAUACAUGUCCAAAAUAUGCCAAAUUACGACACGCAAUUAUGAAUUUACCAGAAAUUCAACAAAUUCAAAACGAGAAUAAACAAUUUUACAAAGAAUUAACGAAUUUAACAGGUAUGGUGAUUUCAACUCCAAAUGAUGUCAACUCGCUUUAUGGAACAUUAACAGCAGAGAAACAUAUGAAUUUAAUUCUUCCCAAGUGGACUAAAAAUUAUUAUCCUGAUAAACUGAUACCGCUUACAUUAUAUGAUUUUCAAUUAAAUGUAUAUAAUGAUCUUCUUAAGAGACUUAAAGGAGGACCAUUUCUUAAAAAAAUUAUUACCGAUAUGUUAGCGAAAAAAAAUAAUACUUUAAAACCCGAAGUAAGGAAAAUGUUCAUGUAUAUUGGUCAUGAUAGUACUAUUGUAACUUUAAUGAAUGUCAUGCAUGUAUGGAAUAAUCAAAUGCCAAAUUAUAAUAUCAUGAUAAUGAUUGAAUUGCAUGAAAACAAUGAUGAAUGGAAUGUUCAGAUAUUUUUAAGAAAUACUACUGAAUAUGAACCAUAUCCUCUGACCAUUCCUGGAUGUACAACAAUAUGUCCUCUCGAAAAAUUUAUAGAGAUUUUAAAUCCAAUGAUCCCAGAUAAUUGGAAUGAAGAAUGUAAAGUUGAUGGAGAAUAUAAACCACCACCGGCACCACUUCCUUAAUUAUGAUUAUUUGGCAAAAAUGCAAAAUGAUCAUGAGAAAUAUAGUAAAAAAAAAGUAUUAUAAUAAAUAACUUCAUUUAAAAAGAUGAAUUGAAAAUGAAUAUUCUCGAAAAGAAUUAUUAAAAUGAUAAUUUUUAUAUUUUAAAUCUAAAAUAUAUUUAUAAUUUUUUAAUUUAAACUAAUUUUUAAUGUUAAUUAAAAACUUCUUUUCAUAAAA